UGCAGAGUCACACUCGCGUCUCUGCCUGGGUUUAUUUCAGUCGGGGGACGGAGAGAGGCAGAAAUUAGGAGGAAGGAAUAAAGGCGGAUACCACCGGCGCACAUUCCCACCACCACCAGCUCUCAGUGGCUCUCUCAUGCAGUUUUGAGGAGGCGACCCCCUCCCUCCCUGCACCUGUUCUGCCUCGUCUUCUCGCCGUCUCGCAGGAGUUGUCGAGCCGCUUGAGAGCGAGCGGAGCGCACGUCGCCUUUCAUUGUUAGACAGACGGCGUUCGGAGCAUGACUUCUGCGUUCAACAUGGAUUUCCUACCCCUGGCGGAAAGUCGGUUAAUGGCUUCGAGCGACUCACUCAACGGCAGCAAGAUGAAUGGGUCACUGGAGCAUUUGGACCAACCCGACCCCGACUCCAUCAAGAUGUUUGUGGGACAGGUUCCACGCUCCUGGUCAGAAACAGAACUUAAAGAGCUUUUUGAGCCCUAUGGAGCUGUGCAUCAGAUCAACAUCCUCCGUGAUCGUACCCAGAAUCCCCCUCAAAGCAAAGGAUGCUGUUUUGUAACUUUUUAUACAAGAAAGGCUGCACUGGAGGCCCAGAAUGCAAUGCACAACAUAAAGACCUUAAGUGGGAUGCAUCAUCCUAUCCAGAUGAAACCUGCAGACAGUGAGAAAACAAGUGGUGAGUCGAUUCAUCUGAAAAGCAUGGUGACACCAGCUGAAGGAUUCUUAAUGACGAAAAAUUCUAGACAAGAAAAUAGUGCGGUAGAAGACAGAAAACUUUUCAUUGGAAUGGUUUCAAAGAAAUAUGGAGAGAACGAGAUCAGAAUGAUGUUCUCGUCUUUCGGCCAGAUCGAAGAGUGUCGAAUUCUCCGGGGACCAGAUGGUCAGAGCAGAGGCUGUGCGUUUGUCACAUUUGCUACCAGGGCAAUGGCACAGAAUGCAAUCAAAACCAUGCAUCACUCUCAGACUAUGGAGGGCUGUUCCUCACCUCUGGUGGCGAAGUUUGCCGACACACAGAGAGAUAAGGAGCAGAGGCGCCUGCAGCAGCAGCUAGUACAGCAGAUUCAGCAGCUCAACAAUGCCUCCACCUGGGGAAACUUGGCUGGCCUGGGGACCCUCACACCACAGUACCUGGCUUUGCUCCAGCAGGCCACAUCUACCAGUAAUCAAAGCAGCUUCAAUGGUAUGCAGAGACUAGGAGCGGGUGUGAAUCCCCUUCAGCUGCAGAACCUGGCCACAUUAGCUGCGGCAGCGGCUGCAGCUCAGAGCUCUGGCAGCCCAAAUUCCAACGCCCUGUCUGCAAGUGUUGGAGCCCUGGGAGCUCUGGGCGGUCAAGGUUGUUCAUCAGCCUCCAGCGCUGGUGCUGCUAUGAGCACUUUGGCAUCGCUGGGCAUGCAGGGUCUCACUGGGACUUCUAUGGGCCUCAAUAGCCUUAACGCUCUCACCAGUGGCGUCAGUGGUAUGGCGGCCAUGAACGGUGGCCUGGGAGCCUCCAUGGCUAACGGGUCAGCAGCCAGCUCCAUGGACGCUCUGACCCAGGCCUACUCAGGGAUGCAGCAGUACACAGCCUCCGCUCUGCCCUCCCUCUACAGUCAGUCCCUCCUGCAGCAGAGCAUCGCUGGGAACCAGAAGGAAGUAGGUCCAGAGGGCGCCAACCUGUUCAUCUACCACCUGCCCCAGGAGUUUGGGGACCAGGAUCUUCUGCAGAUGUUCAUGCCUUUUGGAAAUGUGGUCUCUGCCAAAGUCUUUAUUGACAAACAGACCAAUCUGAGCAAGUGCUUUGGGUUCGUCAGCUAUGACAAUCCAGUGUCCGCGCAGGCUGCCAUCCAGGCCAUGAAUGGUUUCCAGAUUGGAAUGAAGAGGCUGAAGGUUCAGCUGAAGCGCUCCAAGAACGACAGCAAACCCUACUGAUCCUAGCCCCGGGGCCUUACCCCCUUCCCGGCUCUAAUGCUAGCACUGCUAGGGUAAGUUCACCCUCCAGCCAAGGUCACCACAGCAGAGACUCAGUGGGGCAGGGGGAAAGGAGCCCACUACAGGAGGGAGACUUGCCCUAUUACAAAAAAAUGGUUGCAAUGAUCGUUCCACUUUUUACUGUCAUUCCUGCGGUCUGAUAUUUUAAUGUGUAUAAUUAUUUAUGACUAUCACUGGAGUCAGUGUUCGCUGGAGGUAUUUUGUGUCACUGUAUUUUAGUGGAGAGCAUCAGAUGUGUUUCCAUGCCAUUUCAUUGCCUUCAGGUCAAGUUUGACAGGUUGACUAAGGAUCAGUUGUUGUGUUGAAGGGCUGAAGCCCCCAGGCCAUGCAGACCCCGGGCCCAGAGCUUCACCCUUUGUUUGGCUUGUGUCUCGUUUGUCUCGUGAAAAUGUCUUCACUCUCAAUCCUUCAGUCUUUGUCUCCUUCCCUCUAUCUGUUGCUCACUCGUUCUCUCCCCUCCCUGUCGUUUCAUUAUCUAGGCCAUGCAGAGCUAGGCUACAUCUCUAUCUCUCUAUUAACAACCUCUUAUAGUCCUUCCAUCCAUCCUCCACGUCUCUCACAAGGGACUGGCCCUGGAUGGAUCUCUUUGGGGGACAAGUAUACAGUUUGCAUGUUGCAGUCUCUGCCCAUGCGUCCCUGGUGGUGUCAUUUCCUUAAAUCUGUGUAUUGUUUUUGUGUGUCGGGCGAGAUAGGGGUGGGUUUGUUUACUGCACUGUCCUUUACUGUAUGUGGUGAUUGUUUUUGUUGGUUUUUGUGCCUCAUGGCUAAACGAUUCUUGUGCCGUGCCCCUAACUUUCUCUUCUCCCCUCUUUGUCUCCUCUUUCUCUCUCUCUCUCUGUCUCUCCUUUCGUGUUUUUGUUCCUUUUUUUUUAGAACAAAUCUCCAUGCCUGUUUGCUCAUCAUUAGCCUAGCAUGUCUUCAUGAUGUUGAAAGCCAAGCCAAACUCCUGGCCUCAUCAUCCCACCAUUGUCUGUGAUGUCUCUCUAAGCUCGCCUGACCAAUACCUGGCCACCCACUGACCCUUGACCUUAGUUCAACCUGAUUUUUUGUUUUUCCUGCAUGAAUAUUUUUUGUUUUUUCUCUGUAUAGAAAUGUGAUAGAUGGGAGAGAGGUCAAGCUAAUCAAUGUGAAAACUUACCUAUGUUUAAUUCAUUUAAGAGAACUUUUUUGUGUUUGCGAAUGUGUAAAAAACAAACCUGUGGGAUUCCUUAUUUUAAUUUUGCUUUUUUUUCUCAGUUUUUUUUUAAGUUGCUUUCGUUUUACCUCUCAGUAAACUUCACUUGAAAGUUGAAUACAGGGAUUGGCACACAGCUGUGCUAUUCGGUGCCAUUAGCAAUAUGUUGGUUUAAAAAAAAAUAAAAAUACUUCAGACAACUUUCCAACACUUUUAAAAGUCUGACCAGUAAAACCCCUCAGUGCUCUGUGAUGAUCUCUACAUUUUGCGAGCAGUGUGAAGAUUUACACCCAGGCUAUUAAAAAAUUAUUGUUUUCAUUUACAAAAAAAUAUCCAGUGUAUUUACCUUUUUUCUUUUGAACUAUCGAUGGCACAAUAACAGGUACAUUUGCUCUGUUUAGAGAAAUGACUACCUACAUGAGUCAACUUUUUUAGAACUGAUUCACAAAUAGACAAUCUGUGGUUUAAAUGCACACUUAGAUUACCUAUAUUUUAUACCAUUGAAUCUAUAGAAGUUUAACUAACAAGACCCAGGCAAAAUGUUGGGUUUUUUGUAGAUUAUGUUGUAAUGUCAUCUGUGUCGGGGGGUUCUUCAGUGUAUUACAUUUAUAAAGAGGACUAAAUCAGUUGUAAAAUCAGCAUGACCAUUUAAGGGUCAUUUCUAGAAAAUUAAAAACACUGAGUAAAUGAUUCCUCUGCAUUACUUGUAAUUUCAACUUCUUGGGGGUGGGGGGGAAGUACUUUUUUUUUUUUUUUGUCACAUUUUUGAGUAUAUAGGCAAUUAAUUUUUUUCUGCAUUUAAAAACUUAAAGUGUGAUUUUCCAUGGUACGUCUGGUUGACUUUCUGUGAAUUUCUCAUUAAUAAUUGAAUUAAUGGAUGUUUCAUUUUGGUUUAGUUCAGAUGCCUCAUGUUGAAAGAUGAUUUACAAUGUCUGCUAAUCACACAGAUGACAGACAUGUGUUUUUUUUUCUUUGUUUUGUUGUUAAAGUGCCCAUGUGUCAAAACUCAGUGUUUUUGAUUUCACACAUUUCUCAUGUAAUAUUUCAUGGUUCUCCUAACACGCAUGCACACUGCGACACACAAAAACACUUUCUGUCAUUGCUAAAGUGGGAGCCCCUGAAGGAAGAGAUCACCCGGACACAACAUGCGGCCUGUGGGUCUCUGCACAUUUAUUUACACACACACACACACACACACACACUUGCUUUUAUUUUAGUUUUUUGCAGAUUAUUCUUUAUGUGACUUCCAGUGUAAUGUUUGAGUCGUACACCGCAGUAUGCACAGCACAUUAACCACUAAACCACUAAAUCGACCACAAAAGUGUUGGUUUACAAAUACAUUCCAUUUUUUUCAACACAAAGUUUACAACUUUUUUUAUCAGGGUGGUAUUUUUGUCUUGUACCACCAUUCUGGUAAAAUAACAACCACUUCAGCCCCUAAGGGAAGGGUUCCCUAAAACUGCGUACCUGAUGACGCUUAAGAGUUGUCAACUCAGGGGUUUUUGUGUGUGUGUUGGUGAAACUAAGACACAGCAUUUUACGACACAAUGCACAAUUGUCACGUUUGUCCUUAUUUCAGUUUGGAUUUUUUUUUCCUCUCAAAAUACAUAAAUGUUCCAAAAAAAAGUCAUAGAAAGGUACCAAAUUUUAAACAGUGCUUGAGGAAAGUGUAGUUUUGUAAGGGAACGUUAAAGCACAAUUUGUGGGAGCUAAAUCACUUUUUGCAGGAUGUUGUGUGUGAUUAUAAUCCCAAAAAUGUCACGGUACCACUGAUUUCACUUUUGAAUAAUGGGCAUGUGCUUUUUACAGUGUUUUUUCUAUCCAAAUGCAAUACAAUAUUCAAAGUGCCAUAUAUACGUCUAUAGAAACUGCCUACACAUUCUUAUUAGGCCUUGGUUUAGAGAUUGCUGCAGUUUGCCGUUUUUUCUUGUCUAUUUAUGCCAGUGUCAUUAAAGCGCUUGUCAACUGCUCGUGUUCCCCCCUCGCCUCCCGCUCCUCCCCCACUCUGUGUGUUGAGUUACUGGUAAAUGUGUAUUGUGAUGUACUUCAAUUUGAACAGUUGGUUUGAAAAACGUGUAGAUAAAACAAUAAACUUCCCUAUACAUUUGAAGGCCGAGUGUGAACACAUGUAUUAUAAGAAACUCACCGAUCUGACAUUUUGUUUUUGGGUGCUGUUGGUCAUAGACGACGACUUUGGGAUCCAUUUCUAACAUCUUAGUGAUUUAAAGUCGUGUAGAAAACGAAUGCAGGUCUUUAUGGACAUGCAGUAUAUGUUGAAGUGUACCUGUGAAUGAAUAUAUAUAUUUAAAAAAAAGCACAAUGUACAGUCCACAGCGGUCCCGACAAGAACUUGACUCACUUCAGGGGCUUCCAUCACAAAUCCCAUUCGAGCUCUAACAAUCACUUAAUUCUUCUGUUUUCAUAUUCUCAAGUGCUACUUUUAUUUUCUUCUUUGACUUUGUGGUAGCUUUGCAUCACUAGAUAUUGUCCUGAUCCAAAAGAAGAGAGAAAAAAUAUCUUUCCUGUUUAUUUUCUUGUCUGAUAAUAGGUAAGACUUUGUUCAUGUUCCACCAAUAAUUUAAUGGAUGUUUUUUCUUGUCUUGAUGAAAGCCAAAGUGGGUGCAUCUUGAUGUGAUCUGUCAUACACACAGUAGUUAUUCUUUUUUCUGUUCAGUCAAUAUACAUUUUUGAAACUGGGGGGGGAUUUGAAAAAGAUAAGAAAUAAAAAAAGACCUACACAGGCUUUCCAAUUUCUACAACUGGUUGUUCAUAUGUAUUUUGUACCAGUGAAGCUUUUUAUAUUGGAAAUUAAAGGAUAAAAAAAAUCUAUAUUGGGAAAAAACGUUGUCUGGCCUAUCUAUGUGGCCUCGUCUUGACCAUGUCUCGAGUUCGGGCUCUUGGUGGCGUCAAGCAAUUUUUGUUUUGUUUUUUGUCUCUAAAAAUAUAAAGAUGCCUGAUUUUUGGUUUGACUUGGAUCUCCACGUGUUCCUCACACUUCAUCAGUUUUUUUUAGUGGUGGGGGGGAGGGCUGGGAUCCAAUAAAUCGUGGUAAGUUUCCUGUUAGAAUUUGUGCUGUCCACAUAGUUUAAUGGUCAUCGGGAUUUCGACAACUUGUGUGGAUAAUUGUCUUAGUUGAAGAGUUAACUGUUUAGUUUGGAGCCUUGCUUUUUUUCUGUGUAGAGAUUUCUGUUUGUUUUUUUCCCCAUAGAGGUGUGUAGCAGAAAGACUGUGUUCCUUUUUUGGUCAAUGUUUGUUCACGUGUGGUGUGUUUCUUUGCCUCUGUCUCCAAAUUAAACCAUUUCCCCUAA